CCGCCGCCCUGUCCCUUUAAGCACACUCGUCCGUUUCCGGAUUCGCUCGGGCGCCGCUCGUCAUCGUCCCCUUUCACUGCGGCUCCAUCGCCGAAGCGAACUGGCCCCGCUGCUCUCAUCCGAGACCUCCGCGCAGACUGUCGGCUCCAUUGACCCACCGUCGGCGGCGCCCGGGAAACCCUCAGUUCGUGCACCAAUGCAGGCGAUCAAAUGUGUGGUGGUCGGCGACGGGGCUGUGGGUAAGACCUGUCUGCUGAUCAGCUACACCACCAAUGCCUUCCCUGGUGAAUACAUCCCCACCGUCUUUGACAACUACUCUGCCAAUGUCAUGGUGGAUGGAAAACCAGUGAAUCUGGGCCUUUGGGAUACAGCAGGACAAGAGGACUACGAUAGGCUCAGACCACUGUCUUACCCACAGACGGAUGUGUUCUUGAUAUGCUUCUCCCUGGUCAGUCCGGCCUCCUUUGAGAACGUCCGAGCUAAGUGGUACCCUGAGGUGAGACACCAUUGCCCCAACACACCCAUCAUCCUGGUGGGCACUAAGCUGGAUUUGAGAGAUGACAAGGACACCAUUGAGAGGCUGCGAGACAAGAAGCUCUCCCCUAUCACUUACCCGCAGGGCCUGGCCAUGGCAAGAGAAAUUGGGGGGGGCUGUGAAGUACCUGGAGUGCUCCGCGCUGACCCAGCGAGGCCUGAAGACAGUAUUCGACGAGGCCAUCAGAGCUGUGCUCUGCCCUCCGCCAGUGAAGAAGAGGGGGAAACGGUGCACCAUGUUCUGAGGAGGAAACACUAUCACAACACUACAAACAACCACUACUUCUCUGAGAGGAUGAGAGAAAAAACUAGUGAGAGUGAGCGUGCACUGCUGAGAUUGCUUUCUUUAUAUUGAUGUUUUUUCAAAGCGAUAUUGGUAACAACACCGAUAUUAAAACUUUUUUUUUUUCCAUUACUGAAUAGUUCAUAAGUUCUGAAAGACAACGACUGUCCACCUACUUUGUACGCAUAGGAUCACAUCACGUUGUCAUGGGGGCUGACAAUGGUUUCUAUUACUUGUCUUCAUACUGUAACAUCUCUUCUUUCUCAGCCAUGCUUGCUUGAAUUAAUGCAGUGUUGACUAGAUAGACGGUGACGUACAAAAUCGCCUUCAGGUUCGAAGUUACCCUUAGCUUUUGAUCUACGAUCAGCAUUUGGAAACAAAAAAAUACUACUGCCUGCAUUUAUGCAAUUUCACAUAUUGAGCACAAGUCUAAAAUAGAGAUAAUGAGGUUGCUCACAAAAAAUGACAAUGAUAUAUUAAAGCAGAAUUUCGGUUCAUUAGAACAAACCCUCUUGAAUUUUUUUUUUGUCAUUUCGGACAUCAUUUCUAUUGCUUAUGAUUUCACUGCACUCUACCAACACAAUACCUGAGAUCUUUUGGCAGCAAACCACCCUUAUUUAGAAGGGAGAAAGUCAGAUUAACAACAACGCUAGAUUACUAACUGGCCCCUAAAUUCACUGUGUGGUAAUUAGUUUGUGGUAAUUCGACUUAGUAAUUAACAUAAACUGAAAUGGGAGGAGCUUCAGGUGACUUCUCGGGCCUGUGUAUGAGUAUUAAUCUAGUGUUAAUAAUGUCAAUAUAAAACCAAAGUGAGUCAUAGAAGAAGUGACCCUGGGCUCUAUUGUAAUCAAACCAAGCCUUGACACAUUAACUUAUUCCGUGAUCCAUGUGUUAAUAAAUUGCCACACAGCCACUGGGGCCAGGUAGUGUAGUGGGUUAGAAAAGCUGUAACACUGGACUAGGUUAAAUGAGUUGUGGUCAGUUAAAGCCCAGCAGCUCAUUUCUGCCUUCAUCUAGUAGGUUCAUUUGGCCAUGUCAGACUUUUUUGACCUAUUGAAGAUUCUUUGCAAACCCUUUUGAUGAGAACAAAGUUUCUAUGCAGAUUAGAAAAAUGGACAAAACUAAAAACACUCAUCUUCAAAAGGAUUAUAUGAAAAAGAAACUGCUACAUGCAGUUACUGUUAACUCAUCCCAGAUUUUCUUCCUUUUGGCUUUUCUAUUUUAGCCAUGCACAAAUGAAUGAAGGCUCAUCCUUGACCCUUUCAAUACUAUUUAUUCUUACCUCUGCUUUCAGCCACAGAGUGAAAGGGUUUACUCGGUGGAAAAAACUAAGAGAUGAAAUAAAAUGCGGUUCACAAGGUCAAGAAUUAAUAUUCAAUCUCAAAUGUUUAUCGUAGUUUUACAAAACAAUCUUCCACAUAAUAUCUUGUUCCACAAUAUUUUAACCACUUGUCAUGUCUUCAGAAACAAAGACUGUGGUCAGCCAUUUGAUCACCUUUGUUUAAUGACACCCAUGAAAUGUAUUGAAAGGCUCUCAAAAGCAAGUUGGUGGAUGAUUUUUUAUUUGUUUAAUUGCCUACAAUUUUUUUAAUCGAUAUGUUUCAAUGAUAGCAAUGUGGAACUAUCCAGUCUGUGCAGUUUUUUUUUAACACUCCUGUUCUUACUUUCCACAAAAAUCUGAUCUUAGUCAAGUAUCUUUGGGUAACUUUAUCUAACUGUGAAUACGUGACAGACAAGCAUGCCAAACGUGGAGGCUGUACAACCUUGCUGCCUGAGUUCUGCCUCUGGGGGGGGUGGGGUGGAGGAGCUUGCAUGGGUCUUAAAAAAUUCUGUCUUAAUUUAUCCCAUCGUUUAGAUUUUGUCUCUGUUCCUGUGUGUGUGUGUGUGUGUGUGUGUGUGUGUGUGUGUGUGAGAGAGUAAGUGUAUGUCACAGGUGUGUAUAUGAGGUGUAUUUGGACAAGAACGUGUCGGUAUCAGUGAGACAGUGUAGUUUGGGAUAACGCAUAAAGACAGUAUUGUUUUAAGGCAAGUUUUUAGUGUCCAGUUUUUGGUACUAUUUCAUAUUGUAUUGUAGGAGUACACAAUACUUUUCAACACUCUGUGGACAUGGACAGAAAAAAAUGGGUCUCAAUGACAUCUUGUGAUGUACAGAAUAAUCCUUAGAAAAUUAAUGCGUUAUGAAUAUCUAUCUACAUGUACCUGAAUAUUUAGCUCUUAAAGUUCAAACUAAAGGGAUUCUUGUUGCUCAUGUUGAAGUUAGAAGUGUUGCUAACAGUGUACGAUAAAGGUGGCAGAUCGUUGUGGAGUUUGUCUUUGUGGCAAAAGACACAGAUUGCACCUUUAUGACAUGCAUUUCUGUAUGGCUGCAGGCCUGCAAUGUGUUUGUCUCCCUCGUGUGGUGAGACACAGCACUGCAGUCCACUCUGUCAUGCUGUCUUUGGUUGGCAUUGCAAACGUGUGGUUGAAUCAUGUCAUGUGGUACUGCCUAGCUAAGGUGUUAUAAUGUAGCUGAGAAAUGCAGCAAAAAAAAUAAAUAAUUCUGAUCUACUAUUGCAUGGAAGUUCGCUGGUUAUUUGACCCACUGUAAUUCUUAGGAGAGGUUGUAUGAUGAAAUGCAUUGGCCAUGUACGUAUGUAAUGUAAGACGACUUGUACACUUGUUUUAACUGUCUGUCUUAUUUUUUAUUACUUCACGUUUGUGUGGUGAAAUAUUUCAAUUUUUUGUAUACUAAAUACAAAUGUCUAUGUAAAGUACUAAUGCUUUCUGUCAUGAUUUAGUCGCUGCUCUAGUCUGUCUUUUUUCUCCCACAACAACCACUGAAGGAGCUACUGUAGAUGGACAUACUCACAUGUAAUGACAAAAGAAACAGCUGGUAGAACGAAAUUGCUUUUGUCAAAGUCAUCAUCAUUAUUAUUAUUAUAAGUCUUUGUUGUUUUUAGUUAAAUAAAUGAGUACAAUUUGA